AUGCAAGCGCCACACCCUAAGAAUAAGUUCGAUUAUACCGAAAAGAUCUUGGAGAUAAUCAGAGGCCAAGAUAUUACUGAUGAAUCAGUUGUACAAAAAAUACGGGACAUUUUUGUUCAGAUAGACACUGAUGUAGAUGCUGAGGGAACCAACCUUGUAGCUGAAUUUGAAAAAACAAUAGAGGAAGAAAAGAGGGCGGAGGCUAUAGCAGAAGCAGAAAUGAAGGCAGAAAGUGCUGAAGCUAAGGAAAGACGAGAGGCAAGAGCGGAGAGAAGAUUAACUCAUGAAGAUACCGAGGCUGCCGUGGAAAUUCUACGUGCUAUACAUCAAACAACUGCACCUCUUCGUCAUAAUAAAUGGCGGAAGCCAAACGCAGGGUUCACAAACAAAAAUAUCAGAAUCAUAGGCAAGAUCGGUGAGGGCGGUUUUGGAGCAGUAUACCUUAUUGAGAAUAUUGAGACUAAGGUUCAGUAUGCAAUGAAGACUCAACUUAUUAGAGAAAAUGACGAUGAGCCAAUGAUGACACCCCCAGCGUGGAGGGGAGCCAAAACUCCUCCCGUCACACCUUCUUCCGAGGCUUCGAAGAAAUCCGCGAAAGCAAUGAAAGAACGACAUCUAAUGACUAAACGGUUCAAUGAAACUAAAUGUUAUUUGCAGUACAUACGUUCUAGUCAUCCUUCUAUCUGCAACUUGGAAGCUUUUUUCGACUUAGAACAGCCAGAAGAUAACGGCCACUGCCAUAUCUUUGAGUAUUGUGAUUGGGGAAAUCUGGAAAAUAUUGUGACGCAGUACUAUGAUAGACCACGUUGGGGCACAGGAGAGCCCGAAGGUUCUAUAUGGGCUCACAAACCAGAAAAUAUGCCAAGAUUAUACAAGCAUGCAGCAAUACCAGAAGCGUUCAUUUGGCAUGUCUAUAUGCAGACAAUGGAAGCUCUUAGUUUCCUUCAUGGUGACCAUGAAUUCAAUAAGAAACAAGAAUUCCACUCACGCAAUCAAGUCAUUUGCCUUGAUAUCAAGUUGGACAACAUAUUUUUGAAGAAAUCUGGGAAACUAAACACAUAUCCAAUUGUAAAAAUAGGGGAUUUCGGAGAAGCCACCUAUGUGCCAUAUGGAGAGCAACGCUGGCAUGACACAGGAACCACGGUCUGCAAGGCGCCUGAGGAACCUUAUUUAAGUGCCAAAUAUGACGUUUGGUGUGUCGGGAUGUCAUUGUACAUUUUGUCACACUCAGGUAGACGACCAAAGAGACCUGAAGUAGACGGAAAGGCAGAUAUAAAGGAGAAGCCGAAUUGGGGGUUAUGCGAUCCACAUCUUUCCAAAGUUUUGGCUAACGAGCUUGAAAAGCCAAGAGAAAUGGACGUAGAAAAGAGAUGGACUGCAGCUCAAAUCUUAGACCAUAUAAGACCAAUAGCUGAAGAAACGAUACGUUUGACGUAUAGACGUUUGCAGAAUUGGGCACGACCGGAGUUACAGGUAACAUUUGAGGAAGGUAUCAUUGAACGAGUUGAAGGGGGAGAAGCCCUCAGUGAGAUUUCAGAGAGCGAUAAUAAUGAUGUUGAUGAUAGUGAUGAUAGCGAUGAUCAUGAUGAUAGUGGUGAUGAUGAUGGCGGCGACGAGAUAGUCAAUGCACCUCCUGGAGGAGAAGAAGUGGAAAUUCGACCCCCGCACCCACCUGGUACUCCAGACUCCGGAGAAAAGAAAACCAAAGAGCAAUUAGCCAGAGAGGAGGAGGCUAGAAAGCAGGAGGCUAGAAAGCAGGAAGCCGCAAAGCAGCAAGCCAUGGUGCAGAAAGCAUUAGAGCAGUUAGCUAGAGUUCAGCGAGCCAUAGAGCAGCAAGCCAAAGAGCACUUAACCAAAGAACAAUUAGCCCAGAAGCACUUAGCCAUAGGGCGGAUAAGCAAAGGCCAGUUUGUCAGAGAGCAGGAAGCCAGAGAACAGGAAGCUACAGAGCAGCGAGCCAGGUUACAGCAAGCGAUAGCGCAGGAAGCUAGAGUGCAGCAAGCCGCAAUGGAAUUAGCCAAAAAGCAGCAGGCUGAGGAGCAACAGGCCAAGGAGCGUUUGAGAAGACAACAGGAAGAUGAGUUGAAAAGACGAGAAGAGGAGUUGAAAAGACAACGAGAAGAGGGUCAAGUAGAAGAAAGUCCAUCAUAUGCGCCGCCCCAGAAAAGGCGAUUGAUUAGAUACAGAAAACUCCGAGCUUACCGGGUAUGA